UAAACGAUCCCCAGGAACUAUCCAAGUGUAACACAAAACCUGCCCUAUUGAAGCAAUUCAAGAUGGUUUUAGAAACUAUUUCAAGGAUAAUUAAAGUCCAGCUUCCAGCUUACCUCAAAAGGCUUCCGCUCCCGGAGACGAUUGGUGGAUUUGCGAGGUUAACAGUGUCUGAGUGGCUCCGGUUGUUGCCUCUCCUGGGUAUCUUGGCUUUGCUGGGCUAUCUGACCAUUCGCCCAUUCCUGCCUAAGAAGAAGAAGCAGCGAGACAGCCUGAUCAACCUGAAGAUCCAGAAAGAGAACCCCAAAGUGGUCAAUGAGAUAGACAUCGAGGACCUGAACAGUGCAAACGUGUGCUACUGUCGCUGUUGGCGCUCCAAAACUUUUCCUGUUUGUGACAAGUCACACUUAAAGCACAAUGAGCUGACUGGAGACAACGUGGGACCGCUCAUACUCAAAAAGAAGAUACUGUAAUUGACCAUUGAUGGGAGUUUUCCUCUCACCUCCCCAGUCUUGAGUUUUCACUUCUUAACAGUUUCUCUUUUUUUUUUUUAAUUUACAAAAGUGUCAGAAAUGUGGAGUCUUUAUUUGAAGUGGUCCUAAUUUGGUGACACAAAUGUAAAAAUACAAAUUUAUGUAGUUUUCAUGUAAAAAAAGGGUUCAACUAAAAUGCGCAAUGAGGAAUAUUUUGCUUCUUUUUGUGCCCAUUGUUAACUUUUCAGUUGUCAUGUCUGCAGUAGUUUUGUAGCUCACAGAAGACUAUUUUUAUAUAACUGUAAGUACAAUUUUAGUCAUGUGUCAGCCUUUUUGGAAUCAUUUAUGAAUCAUUGGGACCACUUUCAUGAGAAAACUUGAAACAGAAUUGCAGUGACUUUAUAAUAGCUUUCAAUGGUCUAAACUCAUCAGGGGGGAAAUGGCAAUUUGUUCCUAGAUACAUUGUUGAAGGUUAGUAGUAUGAGUUGAAUGAAUACUUGUCCAACCUCUAAUCCUGUAAGUUUGUUUAACCAUUUUGUACUGUAAGCCUUCACUCUGGUAUUAUUUAACAGCCAGUCUUUUUUCUCUUUUUCUGUGUGCCAAACGUUAACAUGCUUUCAAGAUGUAAGAUA